GACAGUCACACCCAUCGUGAGUCAAUGUCACAUCUCGACAAGCAACGACACGCGAUAAGAAAUCAAAAGAAUUAUAAACACCAUUCUUGACCAUCUUGGGAAUAUCUGAGAGUCCCUGUUUAAAAUAUCAUCAAUAUGUCACUCGUCAGUCUACCCGCGCACUUGCGCACAGAUAUUCUCAAGCAUCUCCCCGAUGCACACUCUCUCACCGCAGCCCGGGCAGCCCAUCCGGCUCUACACUACGCAUUCAACGAACAUACGCAGGAUAUCAUGGAAUCCGUCAUAAGAAAUCAGAUCCCUCAAGAGCUUUUACCGUUCGCACAGGCUGCCCACGAUGCCCGCUGCAAACCGUACAGCUUCUUACACGCCACAGCUACCCUUGACGACCUCUACUUUCAUAAUCUCCCGACUGCGCCGCCGACGCUACAUUCACGAGAAUUCGGGGCCCUUAGUAUGCCCAAGCUCAUUGCCAUGGGCAAGAUGCACAACGUUGUUUCGUACUUUACGGACCGUAUUGCCGAUAUGAUGCUCGAUUCGGCAGUCGAGCUAGGGCUGCUCCCUCGCCCUGGCGGCGCAGAGAGUUUGUCUGCUACCGAACGAUUUGUGAUACAGAGGGCACUGUAUAGGUAUGAAGUAUUCGUUGGUCUCUUCUUUGGCGAUGGGAAAGGCGUGGGUGCUAUCUCGCAGCGGCGCGAUCAGACCAAGAUGAUUACGAGGGUGUCGUUUCUGGGGCAUUUCGCGCCGUGGGUGAAUGAGCAGCUGGCGAGUGUGUAUGAUUGUCUGGAGCAGAUUCUCUCCGAACCAUUUCGGGAGGUGGCCGAGCAUGAUGUGGGAUGGGGAGCGCAACGGGUCGAUUGGGAGUUGCAGGGGCGGAAUAAUUGUUGGUUACAGGGUUUGGUAAGUCUACAGAACAUAUAUGAGGUGGCUACUGCUGUUGUCAUUAUUAUGGGUGUUGUUGUUAGAAGGUGGAAGUUUGCUGAUCGUUUUAGUUAUCGUACGGCCUAGAGUUCAUGUAUAAGCUCGACUUGGCAGACGGCUACGAUGCGCAGCAGGCCAUCCUUACAGCCAAGAUCGUGCCGCAUACAAGUCGCAUGCUGUCCAAGUACUUGGCUGCAGGUGCGAGCCUACCAAACGAUUUCCUGCCGGCGUUUGGGCUCUUCCUGUCGCAGUGGUCAGAGGAGCAGUUUGCCGAGCAGUUUGCGCCGCAGGUUCUGAGGUGUGGUUAGUAGCGACGACAGUGCGGCGAUACGGUCUGUGGACGCGCUGGAUAGAUUGCCGUUUCACAUGUGGAAAGAAGGGAAUCAGGAAUAUAGGAUUAGUGGUUCGGUGUAUAGAGAGCGGGCGGGAAUACUGAGGAAAUGCGGCUACGUCAUGUGGGAUUUCCCCGUGGAGAGUGUGCAGGAUGUGAAGGGGAGGUUGGCGGAGUUGAAUAGAAUGGAACAGAGGCAGUUGUAUACGGUACUUUCGACGGAAGAAAAAGAUCGGAUUCGGCAUUCGCGACAGGAGAGGCGGAGGAUGUUUGAUCGUGGUGAGGGGGGGUAUUGGCCGAUAGGGUGUCAGCGGGCGGGGCCGCCCUCCGGGGUUGUGGUCGUCGCUAAAUAAGCUGAUGGAUGUAUUUGUGUUUGCUGUGGGCGGGCGGGAUAGUUGGAAUUGGUGGUUGUUUCAGUGUAAGACGGGCUGUUGUGUUUGUGUUUGUGUUGUAUUUUGGUGGUGACAUUUGAAUCUGACAUGGUACGUUUAAUGGCGCGAUGGGCUAACAAUGAGAUGCUGUUGAAAUUAAUUAGAGACCCGACCGGCUAGUUAAAACAAAAAAGGACUAGGAUGGAACUCGUUUUUUUUAAGGUUUGCGCAAAAGAAAUACGAAACGAUUUUACCUUA